AUGACGCUCCGGUGGUGGGCCUCGCGGGAUUCCGCGGCGUUUAAGUGUCUGGUGGGGCUGGCGAUCUUAUACGGGGUCAUGUCCUACGUCGCGUACAACGUCGUGUAUGUCCGUCACGUACGUCCUCUCGGCGUCGACGCGCCUCCCGAUCGCUUCUCCGAGGCUAGGGCCAUUGAGCACGUCCGGUACCUCACCGUGGACAUUGACGGGCGACAGGUGCGUGCUCCGGGUACCUUGAUCCAUCCUUUUAUGGUUGUUUGUCACUGCGGUGGGAAGUGUGAUGAUUUUGUGUUGUUAUUUCGGCCAGGAAGGGAGGCCGGGACUGGAUGAGGCGGCGAGGUACAUCAAGAACCAGCUAGAGAUGAUGAAAGAGCGGGCGGGACCUGGUUACAGGUAUGUGGGGUUGGUCUUAUAUGGCCGACGCUCUGUGUGAACUUUGAGCUUUAAAUGACAAAAUAUGCGCAGAAUUGACUAGUAGUUAUAAUUGGUGAGAUAACGGGACUUUCUCUUCCUUGCAUGAAGAAAUGGGUGCACAAUAAAAGGCAAAACUUUGUUGAGGGGCUUGGAUGUUCUUUAGAGCUCUAAAUUCUUUUUGUUUCAUUCUCGCUGGAACUGCUUAUAAGACCGUUACAGUUUCCAGGUUGAAUGUCUGUAUGAAAUGUUGGCGGGAAAUAUUCCUGUAUGCAAUAUUUACAUGGCUGUAGGCCUUAUUUGGCUUGCCUUUAAUUCCAUCUUAAUUGAGCUGAAGCCCCUGGAAAGUCUUUGGAGUCGAAUCUCGUAUGCUGAAUGCCGUGAUAGAUCCAUUCAGUCAUGUCUGUUGUCCAGAAGCAGCUUGGUUGUCAGUUUAAUAUAAAUGAGCCUUGAAUUGGUAAGGAGAAGAAUAGUCAAUAUAGUAAAGGAGGAUAUUCGGUUAGCUGCUUGUAUGAGAAUGACUUGAUAGAUAUUAAGGCCUGCUGGUAUGAUUGCUGAUGUUGUUUUCAGGUGGAGUCUUCGCAUUUAAUGUUGAAAUUGCAUUUCUGCAGGGUUUCUCUGGUAUUUUGACUUUUUGAAUCAGGGUCGGAUGUUUAGUGCUUAGCCAAAAAGGCAUCCAACUGUUGGAGGGGUGAUAUUUACAUAAUAUUUACGGAUUAUAAGGAAGUGCUAUCAGUUCAAUUUAGAGUGUAGGGUUAAUGCCUUAGUAUACAACAAAAGAGAAGCUUUUAUUACCAGAAAACUAUGGUGAUAUUCAUAAUAAAUUCCAAUUAAAUAUGUAGACAGUCACAUCAUUGUUCUUUGCUUUACGUCUUGAAUUUGUGAUCAGUGAUGUCACUUGCCCAUGGUUAUAAGAGUAAGUACUCUGAGGAAGAGAUUACUAAAUGCACUCUCAUGCAAAAUUUGGAGUCUUCUUAUUUUCUUUUAGAAAAUCUGUUGGAUUACAAAUACAAUUAUUGUCCUGAAAUGGGUUUCAUGUCAGUCAGGGCACACCAAAUUCAGGGGGUUAUGUUUUCCCUUUGCUUCAUUCUGUUUCUUUUCUAAGAGCAGUUGCAGGGUUCUUUGUACGUAGUACUAUCAACGUUCGAUGCUCGAACUUCACUUUUUGAAUAUUUAUUGUGCUUAGUACUGGGAUGUCGUAAGCAUGCUUAUUUGUUAAGAGCCUUUUCUUUUUCCCACACAAAGAAUGAACCUUUCAUCACAAUAUCCUAUCCUGUUUUGAUUGAUUUUAUGAUUUUUUUUUCUGCUUUUCUUACAAUUUUUAACUCUAUUCAACUUGAUGCUACAGGUUAGACAUUGAUGAGAUGUCAGUGUCUGGUUCCUUCAACAUGAUGUUCUUACGUCAUAGUUUAUCACUUGGGUAUAGGAAUCAUACCAAUAUCCUUUUCAGGUAUUUUUGCAUAAUUUUCUUUGAUCAUAGGGUCUUGAAAUACGGUAUUUUUACUGGUUUGGUUUUGUUUAAAAAAGAUGGCGAAUUUCUCACUCUGAGUUUCCUGAGAUUUUUUUGGUGUUUUUUUUUACUUUUAUAUGUUAUGUUACUGGAACAUGUUUCCUUCCUACACUUUAUGAUAUAUAUAUAUAUAUCUCAUUUAUCUUGAGACUUGGUGGAAAUGGAGCUGUUAUUUACCUCAUUUGGUGUGUUUUCUUUUGUUUGUUUUUGUGCAUUGUCCAAAAUUUUAAAAGUCUAAUGUUGCGCUAUUCCAAACAUGAUAUUAGAACUAAUGGCUGAAAAUCAAUAGCAACUGCUACUGACUGGCCAUUAAUUGGUUUUAUCUUGGUGUGGUCUCUGAUAUAGGUUUCUUAAAAAACUUUAGACUGUCAAACUCUAAAUCAUUUGAUAGUGAAUGGAAUAGUCCUAUCUCUAAUCAUAACAUUGAAAAUUUUACUUUUAAUAUGAGACUAUUCUUGCAGACGUUAUUCACACGCCAACCUUUUGUUGAUCUAUCCUGUGGACAGCGUAAGACCCAUCUAGGGAAGAUAUGUUGGAAAUUUGAAACCAUGUUGAAAACUAGAAAGUCCAACUUAAAAUCAUUUUGCAAUGAAUGAAGGAUUCACGAGAGAGAGAAAGAAACAGAGGGUUGGAGAGGAACAGCUGUUAGGAAAAACAAGUAGAGGAUGUGGGAAGAAAGUGGGAGGAGGGAGACAUCCAAAAGCAACAUUAGGUGCGCAUGUUUGUGUGUGGGUUCUAUUUCCUUACUAACCAAGAAACCCUAUAAAGUGUGCAUCCGCUUCCCUGUGCAGGGAUACAUCACUUCCAUGUGAAUCUGGCCAAGCUCCUGUAUCAUCAAGCCUUCUGCAUUACCAUCAUGAAACAUCAACAGGUAGAGAGAGUGUGUGUUUCUUGCAUCUGAUGCAUCUGGACGGAAUGUAGUGGUGUUGGUGAAGGGGGGAGGGGGGGAGGGGGGGAGCAGGAGUAUGUUACUAAUUUUGACUGGUACUGAGGAAAAUAAUCAUAAUGCAGCAGAUUGCUAUGCUAGUUUUGCAUGUGCUGGUCAUACCUGAUAUCCUGGCACAUAAAAUUUAAAUUUAGCCAGUUUCAUUUGGUUACAUAUCUUUGUUUUGUAUAAUGCUUAAGAAAAAAAAAAUACAAACUUCAAAAUCAGAGGAACCUAGGAAGCAGUAAAGUUGGAACAAAGAAAAAUAAUUAUUUUCAGGGAUUAAGCUGUCUUAUUUUAAGAGUCCCAAUGGCCUUCUCUAAGUUAAUCUGAACUGGGUGACAGGAUAUCAUCUGCAGUCUCCAAUUAUACCGAACCAGCUGUUUUGGUAAAUGGCCAUUUUGAUAGUCCGCUUGGCUCUCCUGGUGCUGGGGAUUGUGGCUCAUGCGUUGGUCAGUUUUCUCGAAUUUCUGAUUAUAAUUUGUGUUUAUUUUUAUUUUUCAUCUUUCUAAUAUUACGGAUUGUUCAUGUCUUGACAGCUUCGAUGCUUGAAUUAGUGCGAGUUAUACUAGAUUCAAGUUGGAUACCUCCUCAACCUAUAAUUUUUCUUUUCAAUGGUGCAGAGGAGAUCUUUCUUUUGGUAAGAUCGCUCUUGUCAAUGGCUUCAGUUUUGAUGCUUUUCAAAGUUUUUGUUACAUAAGGGUUGCUGAUUGCUUGUGUGAACUUGAACCGAUAAAGUAACAAGGCAAUUCUUUUGUUUACCCGAACUUCCUGUGGGUUACUUUUGUUUGACGCUCUAAUGUCUGCCUGGGACAAGCUGGCCUGAAAAACUCUGCCACAUUCUUGGUUAUUCACUGCAUAUUGCUUACUCUAGAUUGCUGGAUGCCGUAUAGAGAAUAUAAUGUUUACUUCUCCUUUUAUAUAGAUUUUUAUCAUUUAAAUUAUCAAGUCUGUAAUGAAGAGGUUAAAAGAAUUUACUACUAUAGUGACUUCCAGGGGACGAGAAUGAAGAAAAAGCCCUAGCAAAGAGUUCUGUGACUUCUUUCUUUUUUCUAUCAGGGAAGAGGAUGAAAACUUGUGCUUUUACAAUGAGCAACCACUCCUAGUGACAUGAACAAAGAGACCUUACAAGUCUGAUGAUUGGGUAAGCCACAUUCUACACAGCUGUCACUUCAUAGAAUCGAGAAACUCAGAAACAUGGCGUCAAGUAGAGGCCAAAACAUCAGAUGAGGAAGAUAAAAGAUCUGUUUGCUGAGUUUUCUUUAAAGAGCUGAUUGAAGGAGAAAUAUGGAGGCGAGAGAUGUAAGGAUGCAUUCUUCUGAAAACCAAGAGGAUCUGAUCACUCCAUUCACAAGAGAAGGAAGUGAAUCAGGGUUGAAGGCCAACUUCAUAAUUAGAUGUUGUGGAGAUUUGUAUACAUGAAAAUAGUCUAGAACAUGCUGCGGCCAUUUCAGUUCAUUAAAAAUGUCAGGUUUCCUCCUUCCAGAAAUAAGAUGAGAAAACAACUAUGGAAUAAUAUUGUCUGAAUAUUUGAACUUUGACAAGAGGGAUGGAAGGGGAAACUAUCAUAUGCUGAUGGGAGACAGAUUAUAUUCAAACCUGAGUCCUGCAUCUUAUAAGAUUUCUUUCUUAUAACGCACAUAGUUCUAUGAAAGGCUUGGUAAUUGGAUUCUCCAAUAUUCCAGAAAGUGCCUUACAAAAAAGGCUGUUCCUCAUCUUGAGGGAUCAAAGAGUGGCUCUGGUGGAGUUUGAGAUUUAAUGGCAAAGGAUUGGUGGGUUAGUGGUUCUGUGGACUUGCUGAAGUUUAUUUAUUGUUAGGCAUCCAUUAUCAAGAGAAGAUAUUCUGCAAAUUAUCCUCGAUGGUGUUUUUAUCCAGACGUCUGAUAUCUUUGAAUAGCUGCUCAUACCUAAAACAGCUUUCUUAAAUUACCAGUUGGCUUUUGAACUGUAAUAUUGUGGUAUAAUCAAUAACGUACAGAUUAGUUUCCAGCUCGUAGAAUUUCACAAAUUUAUUAACUAUCAAGAUAUAAAGGUAACAUUUAAAAAUGAUGACAGGAUGUUCCGAAUGUGAGGUCAGCCACUGAAUUUUAAAGGGCUUACCCUGAAACUUAAAUUGAAGAAUACUGCAAUCUUUUCCGACUAAUUGAUCAGAUUAGAGUUCAACCCUCGAAGAAGUGUGAUGAUCUAAUAUCUUGUGGGUAAAGUUCUCAGCAAGGAUGGUGCGGCAUGUAGCUGGUGAUGUGCCACUGGACUGUGCAGUAUGCAGCAUGUGUUCCAGCGUGUGGUACCAAUGAAUGAGGUUGAUGGACACGUCUAUGUAUGCAGUGCCUACAGAAGCAUCAACAUUAAUGUUGGGAUGAGACAACAAGAGGAUCAGGCAUGCAUGUGCAAGUGCAAUGAGGUGGGCUAGUUCAACAGUAUGUGGGCCCUGCACAGACAACUUCAUAGUGGUUGUGUGCAAACAUUUGCACCGCGUAUUUCAUGGAUUCUCUGGGGACAAUGUGGGGUACAUCGUGUGGGGUAGAGUUGUGCGAAUCUCUUAAGCGGCAUACAUGAUAUCAACUUAAUGUUUCAUGCGUGUUGCAAGGAUAUGCCAUGGUUAUUGUAGGGGCCCACAGAAGUUUAUGUAGUAGGUGGACUCAAAAAGCUGCGUAUACAGGGAGGGGAUCGAAGAGCUAAGGGCCCUUGAAGAGUGAGGGAUUCCUUAACGGAUUAUUCUAUUCAUUAUACUGUGUUCCUUGAGUUCCAGAGUGAAAGAUCCUUCUUAGGCAUCUUGUGUCAGUGUGCUUGUGCAAUGUGGUCAAGUGUAUGGGUCUAGCCUUGUGACAUUUGGUCAGAGUCCGGAGAUAAACAGUUAAUGCGUUUUUUGACUCUUUCAGCGUAAAAUCUUUUGUAAAUGCUAAAAACGAUGGAAAUUUUAUAGUUUGGUGAUACAAGUUGAUUUGGCUAAAAGGUAAACCCUGAAAAAGAUUGUUCUCAAAAAACUAUCCGUAAACUAUAGCACGUGAGCAAAUUGCACGAUUCAUGGAGGAUGUAAAUAUGACUAGGAUACUUUAUGGAAACCACGUGGACAUAAUUGACCAAUUGUUAGAGGACUGGGAUUUUCAUGCCCCUACAUAAGUAUUUCAUAAGAUGGCUGUAUUUGCGAUUCUACAACAUUUAGGAGUCUGCAGCUUGAUGAAAUGAUGGACUUAGGAAAUCAACAUAAACCGAAUGUGACUAGCAUUUCAUUAUGUUUCCCUCAAUUUUUUGGGGAACCUAUAAAUUAAUGAUUAGAAAGAUGCAUCUGCGCGAUUUGAGCUGAAAGAUCUCCUGAAUGUCGCACUUCAGCAAGUUGAUGGACAGUUUUUUUGUGAACAAAUCCAAAGGUUAAAUCAGUUGUUAGGCUUAUUAUUCUUAUGCAUAGUAUUUUCUUUUCCCGAUCUAAUACUGUGGUAUAAUCUUCGGGGAAGUAGGAAUAUCUUUGUAUUUUUAGUACAGAGUGUGAUUUUUCUCUCUAUUCUUGAUGUACGCAAAGAAAUGUGGAUUUUCUGCCAUGAAGAACAUCAUGACUCCUUUAAUUUUUGGAGGUUAAAAAUUUAGAGGGGUCGAAUAGUGAUGAAAUUUGGGCGCUUCCCUGUCCAGAAGAGUGAAUUGAAAGAAAUAAAUGAAGCUUCCUACUUUGAAGAGAGAUUCUUGCGAAUUAUUUCAACGGAAUGCAUAGCGGAAUUGAUGUAAAACAAGAUUAUAUCAAGUGUAGAAGGCCUGAAAGGACAAACGCUGAAGACCCAAAUAGGCUUUGUCUGGGUGCCCAAUUAGUCCGAAACAUUUACUCUUUUGUUUGGUUUAAUAGUUAUUUAUUUUUUCCCGGAACUGUUGACUACCGAUCAGUGGAAUUUCACUGCAGGAGGGGGAGAUUUCCUGGACUGAGAGUUGGCAGUUAGGGGAGAAAAGAAGGCAGGGGUGGGAAAUUUGCUGGAAUGAAAGUUUCCAGGUGGGGGAGAAGAGGGGCACCAGCAUAAUGAUUCUCGCCAUUAUUACUUAGUCUUUUGGAACUUUUUCGUGAUUUUGGGCGUCUAGUUUUCUGUAAAUACCUGUUUUCUUCAAUGGAAGGUGGACCAAAUUGAUUUGAUUCUUUAUCCUUGCAUGCGAGCCUCGGCUUAAGAUGUGACCAUUUGAGGGGUUUAUCUUGCAAAUCUGAUAAUGCACUCGGUUAUUUUCGAGGUCUGAGGUUUAUCCUUGCAGGAGAGUCAAUACAUAUGGUUUUUAAUUUAUAUUUGAUUUUUGUAGGGUUCACAUGGCUUUAUGAAAACACAUGAAUGGGCGAACUCCCUUGGAGCUUUUAUUAAUGUUGAGGCAUCUGGAAGUGGUGGUCUUGGUAUUUUUCCUUUGAACUUUGAUCAGUCCUACAAAGUAGAUUUCUGUCUCCAUGCUACUUGCGUACUUACAAACUUCAUGGUUUUGUAGAGCAUCAAAAUGUUGAUUCCCUGACUUUACUUUUUAGAUUUUUUCAUUGGAAUAGAGAUGAUGUUAAUGAAUUGCUUAGACAAGAAAGUGAGUUCACCAUUGCACAAAACUGAGAUAGAUGGUGAGAUGUGAUGAGGAGGUGGAAAAAAUGUGGAAGACGUCUUUUGGAAAUGUGAUGGAUGUUUCGUGAAUGCUGUCAAGUGGAAAUCUAUGGUUGCAUGAUUCUUGAGUGUCUUUCGAAAUCUUGACAUUUUUUUCAUAUUUUCCUCAGGCCUCUGAAAAUGUAGUGUUGUGCCACUCUUUAAGGGAACGAGGCAUUGUUUGAGUUCCAAUUGGGAUAGGAUUUAUCUUGUAAAUUUAGCCAAGAGUUUGUCUUUAGAUUGACCAAAGGGGUGCAAGAUUAGAAACUUUAUCUAUUUAAAUAGAGUCUCAGCGUUUGAGAAUCAUAUAGAAAAUCUGCAAGGAUUCUAGAGUACUCUCCUUCCCACCAUGUUCACUUUUUCUGGUGGGACCUCAUCCACGGGAAAAAAGUCGAGAUGAAGAUCGGACGGGAGAAAGGUAAAAAAACAGUAGACAUGAAGAGUUAUGUUUUAAAACUAUCUGGUCUGAGAGCUCAUUCUCGAAGGGCAAAUUUCAAUUGCUUUGAAGGACGGCAGAACCUGCCCAAGUUAUAGUGAUGGAUAAGUUUCUAUUUUCUCGGCUGUGAUAGGAGACUGAUUAUGAAGAUCUUAUGAGAAAUGUAAGGGAAGUAGAAGUCUGUGCAAAUUGGCUUUCUAUUUGACAUAGAUGUAGAUGGAGUUACCAGAUAUCAAAUGGCUUCUCAGAUCUAGCUUUUAGGUUUUUGAAUGAAGAUUUUGAUGUGAUGAAUCCGUGUUAUGGAAGGUAUCUUGUUUUGGAUGUGGCAAAGUCAGAAAGUUAUAACACAGAGAAAUGAUAUUCUGUAGAUUUUGCUUGAUGUUUCCGUGAAUGCUUUUCUUUCUCAAUGCAUUUUAAUAGGAAAAUAUACAUACACUCUAUACGUUGUGCUAAGUUUUUUGGAAUUUACGAAUGCUGCGAGCUUUUUAUAUAAAAAGUAGUUGUCAUGGAUAGCUUGUCUUUUUUUUACCUUAAAAUUUUUGUGAUUCUACCAGUACAUGUAUGCAUUGACAUGACUAUCAUUUACAUCUGUCUGCCACGAUACAGUGUUUUGUGGGUCUCAGGUUAACAUCUCAAAUUUUAGCACAUUGCAUUUGGCUUGGUAUGAGAAAAUUGUAUGCACUCUUUUUGAGAAAGAAAAUGGGUUUCAUCUAAAUGGAAUUAUUCGUAGUUUCAUUACAAGUUUUAUUAUGCAUGUUUCUCCCCUAUGAUAACCAAUUGGUACAUCAGCCUGCUGGUGUAUGAUAGUCAAGGUAGCACAUAAUUUAGUUAACAUAUCUGUGUGUUGAGGUACACUGUUAGAUUGUGAAGUACACCUGUUUGUAGAUAUCACCAAAUAGAGUCAUACUUAUUCUAUGGCAUCUAACAUAAGAUGGUUAGCAUUUCCCCCCUUUUAUUUGGUUGAAUUUUCUAGUGGUGGGGGUGGAGUUUUAGUGUCAAUAAUGAAUACAUUUGUGUGCGCUUACCAAAUGUUGCAUGCAUGAUCCUGGAAGAAAGAUUUCUAAGAGAGUUUCAAGGGCAGUAAGAGAAUAAGAAAAUGGUUCUUUCUCUAUUCGAUCAAAUCCCGUAUGACGAGAAGAAUCUAUGCUAGAGCUAGAGAACAAAUCCAGGUGGUAAUCUAGGAAAUAUACAGCUAGAAAAUAUGUAGAAAUAAAUAAAUAAACAAUAAAGAACCAAAAGAUAUAAAACAUUCGAAAAUAGGUCCUAGUCUUUCAAACAAAUUCAGUCAGUUAAUUACGCUUAGACACCAACAUAUGUUCACUAGGCUCGGAUCUGAAUACUGCACAUCUGAACGGAUCUCAACAGUUUCUUUACAGGAAUAUGCUCAUAUUUUCCCUUAUUCUGUUGAAGACUUACGCUAUGUGACCCCUUUGCUUUUUGUAGGAAAGAAAUUUAGAGCUUUGUGAAAAAUAUGUUGUUUUUCUCCUAAAACCUGUAUCCAGCUAUUUUAGCUUGUAAUUCUGCAUAUUGUUUUCCACUGACAGAUUUGGUUUGCCAGUCUGGACCUGGGUCUUGGCCUUCUUUAGUGUAUGCUCAGUCUGCUGUAUAUCCUAUGGCACAAAGUGCUGCUCAGGUUUUAAAGGCCUCUUGUGUUGUUAGAAUUACUGUAUCAGCUUUAAUGUAUGGAUGACGAACCUUUUAGUUGAUUCUUGGUGCAGGAUGUAUUUGGUAUCAUUCCUGGUGAUACGGAUUUCAGAAUCUUUGCCAAAGACUUUGGAAAGAUUCCUGGGUUGGAUAUUAUCUUUGUUCUUGGUGGUUACUACUACCAUACAUCCCACGACACAUUAGAGAGACUGAUGUAAGGACUGAUUUCAGUGCUCUAUUUGAUUUUUUGUGAAAUUCUUAUUUCGUGAACUUUAUAUUAUAAAAUAUAUUUUCAAUUUUUUUCUAUGUAUAUCUUGGAACCAGGCCUGGAAGCAUCCAAGCACGAGGCGAAAAUUUAUAUGCCCUUGUUAAGGCCUUUACAGCGUCCCCAUUGUUACGAAAUGCAGAGCAAAGGUCUCAAGUGGACGCUGCCAAGGACCCUGGAAAUGAUCGAGCUGUUUACUUUGACUACUUAUCGUGGUUCAUGGUAUGUCGUCCGUUUGGCCUAGGGCACACUUUUUAACUCCUUUCUGUCUGUCCACGUUUUGGCCUCUAAAAUGUUGUGAUAUGAUGGUAUCCGAUCUUAUAGAUUAUGGUAUAUUUUAUUUGAAUUGGAUCUACUGAAUAGAUCUGUUGAACUGUUUUAGUAGAAUCUCGAGUGAACUAGCUGUGGCUACACUUUCUUGUGUGAACAAUUGUUUUCCGUUUUGGGGGGAUUGAUGGAAUUCCAUGGCGUCCAACUGAUUGUGCUUAUCAACGUUUUGGUGUUAAAUUUAGACUAUCUAAUAAAAGGGUUUAUUAUGCGAUAUGAGAAUAGCCUGUGGUUAAGAUGUUAUCAUUGAUGAUAGCUGUCAUGUGAUUCAAGGUGAUGGUAACAUAAUUUCACCUUUUGUCAUUUCAGAUAAUCUAUUCUAGAAGGGUCGCUCUGGUCCUCCAUAACCUUCCUGUGGUCAUAUUUCUCCUGAUGCCUCUGCUUCUGCAUUUCCAGCAUUGUACUGUCAGCUCUGUUUUCUCCAGUUUUCUUGACUUGACAAAAGGUAUGUUGUUUGUAUUUGCCACAUUUUCUGCAAUUUAUUGAAGUUGAUACAUUUAUUCUGCCCUCUGAUACCUUUAUUUUCUUUUUGGGAUUAUUUUAUGGUACCUAUCUGUUUUCUUCCAUGUAAUGCUAUUAAACCAACUCCAAGUUCACCUAUUAUUCAACAAUGAAAUUUUUUCUUUAGUUGAUUUGUGAGUGAAUAAAGUCUUGUUAUUAUAUAUCAUGGAAUGAUAUUGCCCAAUUUACGACACCAAUAAUGUUCUCUUCAUUUUGUGUCUAAAUCAUCUGAAGUUUCUGAUAUAGUACCCGUCAAGACAUGUUCAUAGUAAGUGAAUAGUCUAGAAGCUUCUAUAGUGAAUAUUAGGGAAGGGGUGGACUGAGAGGUAUAAAUACCCCUUCCCUGUGAAUAAAAGGGGGUAUUGUGGUAGAAGUGACACGAGAGAGGGAGAGUGGGAAACUAUCUCGGACUAAUCCCCACUUGUUACAUUGUUUUCUCUGUUUUCUUGAAUCCAUUGUUCUUUUUCCUUUCAUUGUCCAAGAGGAGAGGAGGGGAUCAUAUCAACUAGUAUCAGAGCGAGUUCUUGGAAGCAUAGGACUAUGAAUUACAGAAAACUUUCUGGAGGCAUUGAAGAUAGAUGCAGAACAUAUCAAGGAAGAACAAAGACGUACAAAGGAGGAGCUACAAAAAUUGAAGUCUGAAUCAACAGAUUUGCUACAAAAAUUCCUUCAACGAAUCCAUGAGAAGUUUGAUGAAUUCAAGAACUCUGUCAAUGAAAAGUUCUUAGCAUUAGAAAAAAGGGAUCCAACUACAAGUAUGACAUCUUGAUUGGUCAGGAAUUAUCUAGAGAAUGAGCAAUAAGAGAGAACCAAUCUAGGACUAGAGGUACAAAACUUUGUGCUGGCUCCAAAUCACAUUUCAGAUGAAAAUCAACAAACAAGGAAAGGAGAUGUCCGAAUCUUCAGAGUCAAUCUAAAAGAUGUCUCCGAUGUGCAGAAUGAUAUUUUCAGAUCAAAAAAAAUAUAAGAAGAAAGAAUAGAGGUAAUCAGCUUACACUUGGAUGAUAUGACAUUAGAAUGGUAUGUCUGGAUAGAAUAUCGAUAUCCUGUUUAAGAAUUGACAAGAUUUUCAUAUUCAAAUUGAGAGGCAUUUUAAAACUUCUAAAUCGGGAAAUGUGUAUCAAUAGUUUCUUGAUAUUAAGCAGGAAGGAACAGUAUCUGAUUAUAGAUAAGAAUUUAAACUCUUAUCCACCGUCCUCCCCAAGAUUUCAGAAAAAGUCAUAGAACAGAUACACUUGAAAGGCCUGAAGCUGGAACUUCAAUCUGAAUUAUCUAGAACUAAACCAAUGUAAUUAUUAGAAAUUAUGGACGCUUCAUUGGAAGUAGAGGAGCACCUACGCACACUAUGUGAAGCAUGACAUAUCAGUCUACCAAAAUAGACAAGAAUGGAGACACAUUCAAUAUUUGGUUACACACUAACAACAACAAGAUUGCUUAUGUCAAGAGGAAUUCAUGUAAAGAACAAUGAGAAAAGGUCUGAUUCUCCCCACAAGUCAACAACUCUACAUGAAACAAAGAAAACAGGGGUAGAAACCAUACCUUUCUAAGGUUGGCACAGACGACAAAUUCAAGUAAUUGAUGUUGAAGUUAAUAAACGCAGGAUCAAGGGCUUACGUUUCAAUUGUAAUGACAAAUGUGGACCCAAGCAUUGUUGUAAGAAGCUCUUUCACAUCUUAAUUGUCAAUUCUAAUGAUAAAUUGACUCAACAAGAAUUAGAAGUUAUUUAGGGUGAUCUAGAAGAAUCAUACAAUGAGGGAAUAUUAUUUACUGCACAUGUAUCAUUGAAUUCAGUGGUUGGACUUACAGAACCAAGAUCAAUUUGGUUAAAAGUGACCUUGCAAGGGUGAGAUGUUACCAUUAUGGUAGAUUGUGGGGGCACACAUAAUUUCAUAUGUGUGAGUCUAUUGAAGGAACUUAGAUCACCUAUAAAUGAAUCAAUGAACUAUGAAAUCAGUAUUAAUGAACGCAGUCAAAAGGUAUGGUAAUUCCAAAAUUGUUACUCUACAAUUAUAACGGCUGUCUAUUACCAAGAUUUCUUACCUUUGCAGUUGGAGAGCACAGACCUCAUACUUGUCAUGAAAUGGUUGGAAAUUAUAGGGUGGAUGCAUGUCCAUUGGUGGUUAUUAAUUAUGAAAUUCAUGGUGGAUGAGAAAGUAAAAACUCUGAAAGGAGAUGUGAGUUUGUCAAAAGCUACUAUUUCAUGGAAUCCUUUGGAAAAACUAAUCAGGAAGAAAGAUUCAUUUGAUUGGAACCAAGUCACUCGAAAUACUUUUGAUCAACUCUAAAAUGCAAGUCCUAACACCCCAUAUCCUUAUCAUAGGUGGUUGGUCAAACUGAUGGACUUGAAUUUUAAAAUAAAAUUUUGACGAAGGGAAGUAUAAUAAGGUAGUAGAUGCUUUGUCUCACUUCCCAAGUAUGACAGAAUUAUAGAAAAUGUUGGUCUCACAUUCCAGCUGAUCAAUGUCAUUAAGAUAAAUGAGGAACUAUCAUCAGAUUCAAGGUGCUGGAACCCCAAGAUCAUGUGCAACCAUUUCCUCCAAAUUUCACACGAGCUUGAUUGGAGAACGGUGCCGAAGUUAUGCCAAACAAUUCAGCCUACAACUGCAAGACUAGAGGUCUUCAUCAAAUAGACAGGCCUACUAAAUUUUGAAGCUACAUGGGAAACAUCUUCAGAUAUUAUACAACGGUUCCUGACUUCCACCUUGAGGACAAGGUGGAUUUGAAUGAGGGGAGUGCUGAUACAGUAUCCCUCAAGAUGUAUGUUCGUCAUAAGCAAAUAAUCUAGAAGCUCCUAUAGAGGACAUUUGAGAAGGGGUGGGCUGAGCAGUAUAAAUACACCUUAUGAAUAAGAAGGGAUCUCAUGGUAGAAGUGACAUGAGAGAGGGAGAGUGGGGGAAUUCUCUUGAACUAAUUCCUGCAUGUUACAUUGUUUUCUUGAAUCCAUUGGUCUUUUUCCCUCCAUUGUCCGAGAGGAGAGGAAGGGAUCAUAUCAGUUCAUGUUGUGUUCUUUAAAUACUUCUUGGUCUCGUGCUUAAUGUUACCAGCUUGUUGUUCCAUUUGUUCAGUUCGGAAGCUUAGUAGCUGAUCAUUGCAAGAGUUGGCAUACUUAACGAGGUGCCAGGUGUUUGAAUUGUAAUUUGGAUUUUGUACCAUCUUUAAAAGGGAAAAGCAACAUGAAGAGGACGUAACACCUCAUUAGACGAUUGAAGAGACUGAUGCUACAGAGGUGGAGAUAUUUGACGGUUGAGUUCUGGAUGGAGGUUCUAGUACAAGUUUUAGUAGAAGUUUGAAAGAACUAAAAACUGUGCAACCUGGCGUUCUCUUUUUAGCAUAUUUGUGAAGACCCAUCUCAUUGGGGAAAAGAGAUUCAUGGGGAUGUAAAGAUGAUAGAGGAAGAAAUUUUAAAGCGUCAUCUGCCUGCUAUAUUAGCACUUGUGGAAAUACCAGAUGCUUCACCGUACUCUCAAAAUAGAAGGGAAACAUUAGGGUACAAAUUUUUAACCUCCUACCUGUUUACAUUGAGAAACGGCAUGGCAUCAAAAGGUUGCUAUCUGCUUCCAUCUGCCAAUCUCAAUGCAAGCAUAUAUACAAUUCCACUUCACCAUGCAAAUGAACCGCAUUAUAUUCUAUGUGAUAGCAUCAUUAGAAUGGAAACAAGUAUUCAAGAAGUGAAAAAACUUAUGUCUCCUCCUCCCCUCGUAUCAUCAGCUGGAGUUUCUAACAUUUUGGUUUAAAUGAGUAAUCUAACUAACUCUUGAUAGUCUAUUAUCUAAAAGACUCAUGAAAAUACGUGUUAAGUCUGGCAGCAAUUUGUUAUUUCUGUUUUUCCCUUUUGUGCAUGGUAUCAAAAUGUUCCCAUCUGUUUCUUCCCUCUUUCUUUUUCCUCUACCUUCCAUUGGCAGGUCUUUUAUGUUUCUGUAAAUCUGGUCGGCAAUCAGCUGAUAAAGCUGAGAUUGAUCAGCUUGUAUUAAUUUUCUCUAACUUUUCUGAGGAUCAGAUAUCUCCUGACCUCUUUUGUCUUAAUUGGCUGGUCCCAUCAGGAUCAGCGAUUUCAGAGCAAAUCAUUGAAGGCAAUUUGUAUCUUGUCUUGCAUGUGUACAAUUUGAAAGAAGUUGAGAGGAACGUAUUACAGUAGCAUUGUUUGACCAAGAAAGUGGUCAUUUCAAUAUUGCUCCCGACAGCUUUUGUUUAUAAGUGUUAUGUAACCAGGUGGAGAAAAGACUGAUAUUUAAUAUGUUUGUAAGUCAUUUAGAAUAUAGGCUACUGAUUCUAACCUAAUUUUUUUCUUUUUAUUUUUGGCAGUUGUGAGGGAGAUAGAAAAGUCAAUGAUCUGACCAUGAAAUGGUCGGAUUAUGAAAUGGCUGGAUUAUAUAUUGUGUGUUCAUUUAUUCUAGACUAUUUUUUUAACCACUAUUCUAUACUUUUGGAUUGCUAGUCAACAACACGAAAGGAGAAUUGAAUUGAUUAAAAUGGACUUGAACUUAUUCAAAUUGACCUGCCUUUAUGCGAGAAAGUCAUGUCAAAGUAGGCUCGAGUUUCUUCGCAUUGGCUUAAAUUGCUUGUUAUUUUGAUUGACGUGCCCAUCUGUAGAAAAGUGAUCCAAGUCCUCACUGUGCUGCUAGAAUCUGCGAGUGUUGAUAGUAUGUAUUUGAAUAAAGAGCAGAUGACAUAUAGGGAGAUGUCUAUAUGAGACACCAUGUAUCAGUGCCCUCACCUGCACGAUGCCAAAUUUUUCCAAUUGCCUCCUUUUGUAGCAGCAUGAUAAGCUGAUGUAUUUAAACAUUUUAGCAUUUUUAUUUAUCAGUUGGAAUUGGCUUCAAGAAAUUUUCGAUUUCUGUGUGCAGGAGUGUUUUUUCAUGCGAUGGGUAUCAGCCUCGGUAUUUUUGUCCCUGUUGGUUUUGCAGUACUGCGACUCUGUUUUUCAAGAUAUGCAAUGAGUUGGUAGGUAUCAUCUUUCAAAAAUAUUCUUACCAUUUAAUUUAUUUCAUACCACGAUAAUUUAAUUUUUUUAAAAUGUGGUGAUAUAAUUUUCCAAGUUUUGAAUUUCUUUAUGUCAAUGUGGAUAAAGGAAUACAUGUCAUUCCAAAUAGAUAAUGUACUUGUUUUUCUUCCUUUCUUUGUGGAAACAAACAAGUGAUGUUUUCUUAACAUGAGACAUGUGCAGUCAAAGUCGGGUGAUACACCACUAUGGUCACGUAUGUAUCAAUUAUAAUUUUUGUUAACUUGAGGAUUAGCCAGAAUUUCCCUUGAUCAUGAGUUUGAUGGUCAUUUCUUGCUUGAUAUUCAUCUAUUGUCAAUAUUGAGAAUUUUCCUUAUACUAAUCUUCCCUGUUUAGGUACAGUCAUAUCCUAUUAUUAUUCUGUUAUUCUGUCGGUUUAUACAGACUUACUUUCCCUCUUUUGUUUGUUGCAAAGUCUAUCAAGAGACUCUAAAAAUACCACAUUGGGGGCGGACCAUCACAACCAAUUCAGUUUGAAUAGUUCAAACUCAAUUUUCUGGUUGACAGUUGACCCAAUGAACAAGUUCUUCCUUGCUACCUUCUAUAUGCUUAUUUAAGUAUCUUUCCUUUUAAGUGGGCGCACAUAUUGGAAAGCUGAAGGAUAUCUUGUAUUCAUUUGGUGUGAACAUAUUCUCUUUGCAUGAUUCUCUAAUGAAUGUAAUUAGGGGCUUCCCUAUGCACGUCCAUAUUUAUGUUCUUUAGCUCUUGUUGACAAAACCUAGCAGAUUAUUAUUUUUUUGGAUUCAGUAGUGAUAUCUUAUACAUUGCAGGUAUGCACGUCCAUAUCUGGCAUACAUGAUGUUCAUCCCUUGCUCAAUUGUCGGUUUAUUGAUCCCUAGGACUGUGUGGGGAUCUUUUUCUGUCUCUCAGGAAGUUGCAUUUCCAGGAGAAACCAAUGAGGUACAUGGUAAUCAUUUUUACUUUCAACCUUGUGUGCUAAUUAUACGGCGGCUUAUGAUAUAGUAAACUAGUUUUCUAAUCUUGCACUAUGGAUUGCUGUAAAUUUGUUCUCUUUUGUUAUAGUGCUUUAGGAAUAGGCUGUAUAUUUGCCCUAACGAUGACAAGAAUGAAGCUUAAAAAACUCAAGAAGCGAGAGUAGAAAAAAACAGGAAAAUUUGUGAAAAUUUAAUUUUGUGAUAACAUGUUGUCUGAUACCAUGUUAUCUAAAGUACCGAGUUAGAACUGUCACUAAGAUCUCAUUAGUCUUUUUCAUUUUAUAUUUUUUAUUUUCCAUAAUAUGGUGAUCAUAAUGAGGACAGAUGCAGCAGCAGUGGCCCACAUUCUGUUUUCCUCUUUUUGAUUCUUUCUUCUCCUUUUUCUUUCUUCCUUUAAUGCGUAUAAGGGAUGGAUUUUUUAAGCUUUUUCUUUUUUACUUGUCUCCAAGACAUUUCCAACUCAAAAAUCUCUGGUUUUUUUCUGACUCAUAAGUCAGGAUCUAGUGGGUAAUGCCCAAUAUUGUUCUAGUGAUAAGAUGCCAGCACGGCCCACUUUACCUCUAGGUUAAUGAGGAUAAGAAUUUUCUAUGAAUGGUUACGUGUCAUAAAUUUAUGUCCUCAAUAAAAAGUAAUAUUUCAUGGAAAAAAAUUAUUGAAUUUGUUGACUGGAGACAAUCCUGAGGAUGGCUUUAAAGUUUCUAGAACCUUUCAGGGUCUGGUAGCUGUCUAGAACCUUCCAGGGUCUGAUAUAAAUACCAGAUCCCUCUACUUGCAAAUAAUCCUUUUGAAGAAAGAACAUUUUCUGCAUGGACGUGAGAUGGUCUUUCCAGUGCACCAGUCGUAGUAUGAAAUUCCUGCAGUACUCAGUAUCAUGCUAAUUGGAAGGAAAAAGACUUGAUCAUGGGGUUCCUGCUUUGGUCUGACUAGUUAUCUGUAUCCUUCAAUGAGGUUCAUGUAGUUUUCUUGGAUCAUCAUACGUUGUUCCAGCUAAGUUUUUUAAUGACUCUUUAUCUUGGUAUUCUUUUGUUGUUGAAGUGUAGAUUGUUUCCUGACAUGUUUAUUUCUGAGUAAUUCACCCCACAUAGAUAAUCCAGAUCAUGUGUUGUUCCUCAUGUAAUCUUCGAAUGUUACAUUGAACAUUGUGAAAAAUUUAGCUCUUGUUCCUCUCUUCCCUUUAAAAAGGAGUGUUAUGCAGAACAAGUUUUGUUUUUUCUAUAUUAGGCUUUCCUUCUAUUUUCCUAUUAUCAGAUGUAUUUUUCUUUUUCGUGUUUCUAUUAUCAGACCUUUCCGGAAUACUGGAAAGGUUUAUUAGAUGCCAAUAUAAAUACUGGCAUACUGUCUUGAGAAGGGUUAAGUCAAUUUUUCCCUUUCUUGCUUCCACUAUAUCUCGUGACAUGGUAUCAGAGCUGUCUCUCUGAUCUUGUGUGAAGACCGCCGAUAGAAGAUUAACCAACCUUGGUGGCAACAACGACUCCACAUUGUAGGGAAUGUUGCCUGGUGAUCUUCUUCCUGCUGCAGUACCUGAAAUCGUGAGGUUUCUUGGUCGUAAGUAGACCAGCGAAUUCCUUGGAGAGUUGCUACACCAUUGUCGUUUCUUGACAGUGGGGGACAUCUAUAAUUACACCAUUGUCGAUUCUUGACGGUGGCAGGACAUCUACAAAUACAUUGUUGUCAUUUCUUGAUAGUGGUGGAUGUUUGCGAAUACACCAUUGUCGUUUUCUUGACAAUGGCAGUUAUCCUUAGUUUCUUGAAUAAAAAAUGUUUUUCGAACCACAUCAGGGAAUCUCUAUUUGAGAAUUUUUUUAGCUAUCUAGUCACAGGUGAAGAACAUGGAGACAAAGGUUAGUGAAUCUUCCUCCUCUAGCUUAGGACAUUCAUUUGAAGUAAUUAAGGUAUAGUCAGAUCUACCUAUAAUUGCUGAGAGAUUCCAAUUUGACGAAAUCAAUUUGUUCCAAUGGACAUCAUAUGUGGAACUUAUUCUACAUGGGAGAAAUCUGGAUUGUCACCUAAUGCAAUCUUCGCCAAAUAUUGACAACUCAAGAUAUUUUCAGUGGAAAGAAGAAGCACUAAUUCAAUAUUGGAUACUAGACAUAUUUCACCAAAGAUAAGUGAUUUAUUUAUUUAUUUUUGAAAUUUAUGAAGGAAUUAUGAGACAAGGUUCAGUGGAAUUAUGAUGUUCACUUUACUAAACAUGACGAAUCCCAAAUUUAUAGAUUGGUACAGAAAUCUCUGACUUUGGUACAUGGAACAUUGACUGUUCUAGAAUAUUAUUGCGAAUUAGAAUCCAUCUAGAGAAAAAUCAACCACUACAGACCAAUUAAGAACCUUGAUACUGAAGAACGAAAUUAUAUUAUGAAAGACAAGUUGUAUAAAUUUCUGAUGGGGCUAAAUCUAGAAUAUGAGGCUCUAGUAAAUCAGAUCAUUGCUCAGGAAAUAGUACUAGAUAUUGAAGAGGCAAUUGCAUUAGCUAGACAAGAAGAAAAUACUAGAAGUUUGAGAAAUGAUUUAAAGACAAAAAAUGCUGCAUUCAGCAUUCUCAAGAGCAAAGAUACCUCGGUAUUAAAAAGGGGGAUAGUAAAGUAUCAUUCAUCAAAGGAGGUCCUAAGUCUGAUCCAAAACUAAAUCUAUUUUGCACUUAUUGUCAGAAAAAUCGUCACACUAGGGAGACAUGCUGGAAGAUCCAUGGCAAACCACCGAAUUAUGGUAAGUUGCAUUUGGCAAAUGCUCAAAUGAAGUUGCAUCUUGUUAAUCGUCUCCCAUCAGAAGCAUUAUUAUUUAAGACUCCCAAAGCCUUAUUGCAGGAUCAUUAUCUGACUAUGCAAUAUGGACCAGAUUUAUCUCUUCGAAUAUUUGGGAGUGUUGCAUACAUCCAUCAAUCUCAAAAUGGGACUGUCUAAAUUUGCCCCUAGAGCCAUAAAAAGAAGAUACACAAAAAGAAGAUAGAUUUUAAGACCUAAGAUAUCAAAAGUUUAUUGUGACAAUUAAUGUCACAUUUGAUGAAAGUAGCAUGUAUUUUCAACAGACAACAACUCAAGUAUCUAGUUGUGAUAUUCUUGUGCCAGAAAAACACGAUUUACACAUUGAGAUUCUCAAAGAGAAUGAAGCUCCUGAAAUGAUACUAGUAAAUUUUCCAGCACCCUUACCUCCACCAAAUCGAUUUAGUCAAAGUUAUUAUCAAAGAAAGCCAAAGAUAAUUAGAGAUACCUAUGAAUAGGAUCUACCUGAUGUAGUAGUUGCCUAUGAACAACCUGACAUAGCAGAUAUCCAUGAACAAGAUCUGCCUAAGGUAGCAGAUGCUUAUGAUUCUAUUAUUGAAUGUGACAAUUCACCAAUUGAUCAACAGAACCUUCUUAUUACUCAAGGAGAUGCAGUCUGCCCUGUUGUUCUUUGCAAAGGAAUUAGAGAAUGUACAGAGAAAAUGGUAUGUCCAUCCUGCAAUUAUGUAUUUUAUCAUCACCUAUCUCCGCAAUACAGAUCAUUUCUGUCAGCUAUUGAUAAACACAGUAUUCCUCAAAACACUAAUGAAGCUUUAAGAAGCCCUCAAUGGAAAAAAACAAUGAAUGAGAAGAUGCUGGCUCUAUUGAAGAAUCAAACUUGGAAAGUCGUGCUACUUCCUAAAAGAAAGAAAAUUGUGGGUUGCAGAUGGGUAUCCAUUAUUAACUAUAAAUCUGAUGGGACUGUUGAGCAUUUUAAAGCUCGGCUGGUGGCAAAAGGCUUCACCAAAUGUUAUGGUAUUGAUUACAUGGAGACCUUUGCUCCAAUUGCGAAGAUGGGAACAGUUUGCAUAUUAGUAUCUUUGGUUUUGCAUUAUGGAUGGUCCGUAUUACAAUUUGAUGUGAAAAAUGCAUUCUUGCAUAGAGAAAUCUCAGAAGAAAUAUAUAUGGAGCUUCCACCAAGGUACAAAGACCCAAAUGAUACUCUAAAAGUAUGUAGACUUAAGAAGGUAUUAUAUGGCUUAAAACAGCCACCAAGAGUCUUGGUUUGGCUGCUUAACCAAAACAAUGAGAGCUUUGGGGUUCAAGCAAGCCAAUAGAGAUCAUACCUUAUUUUAUAAACGAUCAAGUUCAGGAAAUAUGACAAUCUUACUACUAUAUGUUGAUGACAUGAUUGUCACAGGAGAUGAUAUGCAAGAAAUCACUUUUCUUCAAAAACAAUUGACGGCUGUUUUUGAUAUCAAAAUGUUAGGACAACUAAAAUACUUCUUGGGAAUUGAGGUAGCCUACUUUCGUGGGAAUUUGUUCCUAUCUCAAAGAAAGUAUAUUGUAGAUUUACUCAAAUAUACAAGCAUGAGUAACUAUAAAUCAGCAUGUACACCAAUUGAAGCAAAGCAUUGUAUUGGGGCUUCAAAGGAAAGCAAUCAAGUAAAUAAGGGGUCUUAUAAACGACUAGUGAGAAAAUUAAUUUAUCUAAUUCCAUACUAAACCAGAUAUUACUUACUCAGUUGGAGUGCUAAGCCAAUAUAUGCAUGACCCUAGGGAGGUACAUCAUCAAGCUGCUCAACGAGUCUUAGCCUAUCUUAAAGGAACAAGAUUCUCUUACAACAGGCAUCUAUACCAAUGCUGAUUAUGUUGGUUCAGUUGAUGAUAGGCGCUCUACUACUGGUUAUUGUUGUCUCAUUGGAGGAAAUUUGGUCACUUGGCAAAGCCAAAAAUAGAGAGUUGUAGCUCGAUUAAGUGCUGAAGCAGAAUUUAGGGCUAUGGCCCUUGGGAUUUGUGAAGGCAUUUGAAUGAAAAAUAUAUUCAAUGACUUACAAAUACUCAUGGAAGGUUCAAUUACCUUGUUCUGUGACAAUCAGUCCACAAUAAAUAUUGCGCAUAAUCUUGUCAGCAUAACAAGACCAAACACAUUGACGUAGACAGACAUUUUAUUAAAGAGAAACCUGAAUCAGGGAUGUUUUGCACUAAGUAUGUCUCAUCUACAAAUCAGUUAAGACUGAUAUUUUAACUAAAGGCAAUUCUGCAACAGAGUUCUGCAAACAAAGGAGCAAGCUGGGCAUGAAUGAUAUCCACGCAACAGCUUGAGGGGGAGUGUUAUGAAGAACAAGUUUUUUUUUUUUCUACAUUAGGCUUUAUUAGGCUUUCCUUCUAUUUUCCUAUUAUUACAUGUAUUUUUCUUUUUCGUGUUUCUGUUAUUAGACCUUUCCGGAAUACCAGAAAGGUUUAUUAGACGCCAAUAUAAAUACUGGCGUACUGCCCUGAGAAGGUUUAAGUCAGUUUUUCCCUUUCCUGCUUCUGCUGUAUCUCGUGACAAAGAGUAAAGAAAGAAGAUAAAUGAGUAGUAAUGGGAGUAUGACGCCACGCUGAAUGAGUUUUGGUUUUGGAAGCUGCCAUCUUUACAUUUAAUAAUUAAUGUGCUUGCUGGAUGAGGAUCUGAGCUAAGGAAAUCUAUUUGGUGGAAGAAAUUUUGUAUAACGACUCCUUUUCGAUUUGUUUUACUAGAAAACCAAAUAUCUGUAAGUUCAGUUAUUGAGAUUCUAUUUUGUUACUGAGGCCAACUAUGAAACUAAUUUUACAUAGAGAUUCGUACCUUCUUACUUAUGAUUUACUUGGUGAUCUAUACUUACAGGUGCUGUUUGACAAAGUAUGCUUCUGGGGGGCUUUUGGUCUGUAUGGUUUCAUUAAUAUGGUACGCAUGUCUUCCUAAAUUAACUGACUUUCCAUAAUGAUAUAUGUUUGUAAUGGUCACGGAGGUUAGGAGGUUGCAAGAGAAAUCAAACUUGUCCUAUUCGCAUCCUUGUCAGUUGAAUCUGCUUAAAUAUGUCCUACUAAUUUGAAACCUACUACUGAAAUUUUUCAGAGUGUGGACUAGUACGUCUGUAGGUCAUUUGCAGCCUAAAACUGUUGUGUCCAUGCACCAAUAUCAUUUAUUUAUUUUUUAUUCAGUAAUAAUAGUGAUGUCCACAUUAUAGUAUCUGUUUCCAUUAGGUUCUUUUGGAAAUUUUGUUGUAGAUUUUAAAGUAUGAGCGUUUACCUGGCUGUAUCCAAUAAUCUAAGUGAAGAUGGAGAGCAUAUCUUUAGCAUGUGUGGUCUGCGUAAAAUGAAGCAGUACCACGCUAGUAAAGUUUAUUGAAUGAGCAUUAAAGAAAUUUGUGCUCAGAUAUCCCUUUUCUAAAGUUUAGUUCAUGUCAAAGUUUUUCUUGGCCUGGUAACCCAAAAUUAAUUCGUAAACAGUGAAAGAGCUCCAUCUAUGUAGCCACUUGAGUUUAUUACAUCUUCCAGUAUGUGCUGCCUACAUUUGGCUUUUUCUAGACAAAUAAAAUGAAGUGUAUGCCUACAUGUUAUUCAGCCGUACAGUCAGAAACUAAUUAUUUAAACUUUCUAAAACAUAUUAAAGUACACAAAUAUUCUAACAUCAGUUUUACCUUUCAGCAUGCGUCUAUUCUAACAAUAAGCGUAGCUGGGUAAGGGUCUCUGAUAGUGGGCUUCAGAUUAUUAAUUUAUGGUCUUUCCUCAUGUCAUCUGAACGAGCAGGUUGUUUAUUGUCUUAAAAUCCAUUGGUAAGAAAGUAGACGAUCAAAGAAAAGGAUAUUAUUUCUCUUUGUAUACCAAGCAUUCAAGAGAUAUUGAAUAACGAUAAUUGAUAACAAAAAAAAGUCAAUUUUAUAAAAUUGUGAAAUGAUAUCUCUGAUAACUGAAAUAGUACUAUCAAGCCUAAAGUAGUAUUUUCCUUUGUAGAAAGUGUAUAUGAAAGGCAAACUAAGUGGGUGUUGGUGACAAAUGGUUGUGCCCUUCUUCUAGAAGAAAAAAGAACCACAAAACCUAACAGCAGGGAGGGUUUUGAAUUGAAACUUUAGAUAAUAAUGUUGAUAGUAAGAUCGGAUCCUUAUAUUAUGUUUUCUAACCUAACACUGGUUGGUCGACACUAACAUGUGUUUUCUCUAUUACCCUUGCCACUACUUUCCUUGCUAUAAGUUACUCAGGUGUAAUUGUUGUUAGGACGGGGGGUUAUAGUGUUUUUGGAUCCGAGAAAAAUCUGUCAACUGGCGGGCAGAAUUUUUGUAACAGACAAUCUUGGAUAUCUUUCCGUUCAAAUGGCUGAAAAAGUCUGGGAAGUCACUACAAGGCAUUUCAAACCCCAAAAAUCUAUGGAGAACACUGAAAUCAAACAGGAUUCAAUCGAAGGGACAAACUGAGGUAAAAAUAAUGUAACAGGAGAACAUGACAUUUUCCCCUUGGCGUUCACUUUCCAUGUGUAGAUGGAGCUCUAAUCAAAGAUUUUCUCAAUGGUUUUGGACUAGAGGGAAUAUAUGUUUGUUCAUCAUUUGUAAGUUCGUGUUUCUCAAUGGUUUCGAGUACUCAGAUGGUGGACGUUAUCGUAUGGCAUUCUUUGAUCUUUUUUAUAUAUUUGGUGUAAGCUUGAAAAAAUUGUUAUUCAAUGGGAUUCUUGUUUCAACUUUUCAGAGCAAUGAAAUAUUGCUUUUUCCUUCUUUCUAGCCAAUUCCCAUUACAUUGAAGAUUUGGAAAUUGCUUUUUUCUAUAUCUGAAUGUUCUCUUCUAAGUCAUUGCUGCACCAAAAAACUGGUCAGGCUUAUACACUAUCUGGACUUGGUGGAGGCUUCGUGACAUUUUUGCAUGCAGCAUCUAUGCUUCUGGCAUGGAUUUUCUUCUGUUUAUCCAGCAAGUAUUUUGGCCAUAAAUCGUUUAGGUAAUCCUCGACUAUAUCUUGGUAUUGUGAUUCUGUCUUAUGUACAGUGGAAAUUAAUGAAAAUGUUAAUUCCACUGUCUUAUGAUCAGUGGAUGCAAGAGAGAUUCUGUCUCUUGGUAUUACAUCCCUCUAUAUUCCCUUGAGUCUUAGAUAAGUAUGAGUACGAUUAUGACCCUCUUACUAAAGAAGACAAGAUAUUAGUGUGUUUAUCUUGUGCUUGAUGUAAAUGCCAUAUUCUUGCAAAAUGCUAAUUCGUUGCUAACAGUCGCAUAAUCCUUCAUGAGAAUGGAAGCUUUUCCCAUGGUGGCUGUGAGUAAGAAUGGCCGACAUUAUUGGAGCAGGUACCAGUACAAGCCAAUAUGAAUAUGCCAAGAAUCGUACAUCUCUGUGAUUUAUGGCCAUUCUUUAUACAUAUAUGAGGCAAACCAUACAAGGAUAAGCAGAUGUGAAAAAUGUCUACUUCUCAUAUCAUAGAACAAUCACUAGUUAUACGCAAUUGCCCUGGCCACAAGAAAAUGAAACUACCAUGGUUAAGGAAACUGACGAACUAGGAAACUAACAAACUAGGAAAAUGACUGAAAGAAACUAAUCUCCUAAUUACACGAUUUUCCCAGUCCCCCUUAAGCUUGUGAAUAUGCAUUUUCCAUUCCCAGCUUGGAUACAAUACUUUGCAAUAUUGAACUACUAAAUCCCUUAGAAAGUACAUUCACAAUUUAUUCAUGUGUAGACACCUAAGGUGUACAUAUUAAUCCACUCCAAAUUCUCCUUACUGUAGUAUCUCUCAAUUUUAAUGUAUCUCUCAAAUUCCAAACUUGUUAUCACAAUAGAGUCUCAUUGAGCCAUCUUACUUAAUCUUGAAUUCCUCUUAGAUGAUCUUCAACCAAAGUAGUUCACACAAACUUUGAGUCAUUGUUUGAAAUUCAGCUUGUAAACUGGAUUGUGGCACCACAUUUUCUUUCUUGCUUCUCUAUGUCACAAGAUUGUCACCAAGAAAGGUGAAAUAUCUAGAGGUUGAUCUCUUGUCAACCACAAUCAGCAUUUGCAUGUGCCUUAACAUCGACCCUCCAUUUCUCCUGAAUAGAACAUCUUUUCUUGGUGUCACUUUGAGAUAUUACAGUAUUCGGUGAGCUGACUGCAGAUAGUCUUUCUUUGGACUGUGUAUGAACUACUAAUCGCACUCAUUACAUAUCCUAUAUUUGGUCGUAUAUGAGAUAGAUAAAUGAAUCUUCUUACCAGGUGUUGAUACAUUUCUCUAUCUAUCACAUGUCCUCCUUUGUUUUCCAAGUUUACGAUUCAGAUCUAUUGGAAUACUUGUUAAUUUGCAUGUGGACUCGUUUGCUUCUUUGAGAUUUAUAGCAUACUUCUGUUGGGAGGUGAAGGUGCUCUGCCUUGAGUAAGUUACUUCAAUCCCAAGAAAACGUCCAGUCUCCCUAAUGCUUUAAUCCCAAAUUAUUUACCCAAACACCCACUUAGAUAUUGUCGCUCUUUAUCCACAUUUUCAAUCACUAUUAUGUCAUCAACCUGUACCAAGAGUGUUAUGACUAUCUAAGGAUGAGUGUUUACUGAACAACAUGUGAUCCCUUUGGUUUGUCUGUAUCCCAUGCCAAUCAUAUCUCUUGCAAAUCAACCGAAUCUUUCUCAAGGUGAUUGUUUAAGUUCAUACAACACUUUUUUCAAUUUACACAUUAUAGGAAUAGCCAAAUUAUUCUCAUAACAUGGAGAGACCUCUAUAUAAGUUUUUCUCGUAAUUCACCAUACAAAAAUGCAUUUAUACCAUCAAUUGUUGCAACUUCUAGUAAUAUAUAACUAAUUAACUGCUAAAGACAACAGAAUUUUAGUAGUAUCAAUCUUUGCAACUGGAGAAAAAUGUCUCUAGGUAAUCGAUCUCAAAAGUUUGAGUAUACCCUUGGCAGCAGACCUAGCCUUGUAUCUUUCUAUAGAUCCUCCACUCAAUACUUCAUUAUAAAAAAUUAUUUACACCACACAUGAUUUUUUUAUGUUGACCACCUUACUAAAUUCUAAGCUUUGUUUUUCUCAAAUGAUGUAGCCUAGUUUCAACCUAGUUCAAGUGAACCAGAGGCCCAAGACACAGAAAAACAAAUUUUGGCCCAAAUUCAGCUCAAGAUGGCCCAAUAAAAGAUAUAGACGCAUCUGAAAUGAGUCCAAAUUUUAGUUCCCGCUUUGAUUUUUCGUUUCCCACCAUUGAUUAUUUCAAGUAACAUAUUUCUCGUUAUCUAUUAAGGGUGUUCCUGUUCCUUAGGGCCAUUCUAAAAAAAUCUUCCCUGUACUUUAAGGGUGUUCUAACAGACCCCCCCCCCCCCCCCCAUCUUUCUAGGUUAGUUAUAAUUAAAUUUCAGCCUAUUUAGAGGCCCCACUUGUAGCCUUUGUGGCAUUCCAAUUUAUUUCAAUCUAUUAUACGAAUUCUUUUCCUCUCUCUACUCGUGGAUUCCAUCAACCUUGUCGAUUCAGGGACCCUUUUUGAUCCUAUGGACUCCAGAUUAAUCUCUUGUGGACUCAAGGGAUAUAUGUGGAUUCAGGGCAAAAAGCUUUCAACAAAAUCGUGUUCCUCGUGGAUUCAAGGUUGUGAUUUUGUUUCAAAAAUAUUAGGCAAAGAUGAACAUGAUCAAAUUGUCAAUUCUUCCAAUUUCUGAUGCAGCAUCAAAUACCUCCAUUUUCACAUUUAUAGUCUGUUUCCAUUUCUUAUUGGACAAAGUCUUAGAUAAGGUAGUAGGGAUGACAAUGGUGUUUAAACUAAUAAAGAUGGCUAUAUGAGAUGGAGAAAAUAGUUAAAGGAUAAGAGUUGUGCAAGAGGAAAUAAAGGUCGGUUUUUGCAUUCUCUAGUCCCUUUCCUAAUAGCAAUGGGAAAAUCCUAUUUAUUAUUGUCAAUAUAAGAUUCAGUUUCAGGUUGCAAUGGAGGAAGAAAUUGUUACCUCAUUCUCAAGAUAAAGGUUGGAUUCUUGGGCCUGCAUAGAUUCAGUAACAAGCAUCUUCUUCCUUGAAAACACUUCCCUUCUUUACCAUAUCUCACAUUUUCAAGGGUAGAGUUAGAAUUUUCUUGAGGGUUUUCUAGAGUUUCAAAUUUAGGAUUUGGCAUGGACUUAUAUACAGGUUCAAAUAGAGGAACAAUGGAAGACAUAGGCAGUGGCAACAAAUAAAAAUUCUUAUCCUUAUCUUUGAUGAAUGAAUUCUACAUCAGAAAAUAAGGUAUGUUGAAGUAUGACCCUUGUUCAUUGAAAGUGUUAUCAACUAAGAUAGAAUUUCUUUGAUGAAGGGUGAUAACACUAAUAUCUUUUCUGAGUUAGAAUAGCCCACAAAGAGACAUUUUUUAACGCCUCAGAUAUAAUUUCUCCCAUAUGUUGACCAUGAGCAAAAACAAAUGAUUCACACCAAAAUAUGAACAAGAUUAUUUGUAGUGUGUAUGUUUGGAUAUAAUUAUUCAAUAUCUAUUGGACUCUUGAACCCUAAACCUCUAGAAGACAAAUAAUUUAUGAGAUAAGUGGCUGUAAGAAUUGCUUCUCCCCAAAAGGAUUUAGGCAUAUUGUUCUACAACAGAGAGGUUCAUGCUCCCUCAAGAAGGUAACCGUUUUUUCUUUUGGAUACUCUAUUUUAUUGUGGUGUAAUGACACAAUGACUCAUGCACUAUCCCUUCUUUAUGAAAGUAUGAAGUUAAGACUGAUUGAAAUUGUUCUUGUCAUUUUCUGACUUAAACCAAUGUAGGAAAAAUAAGGUGAAAUGUUAUUGAGUCCUAGUUAAAAUAUCAAAAGGAUUAGUUCAGCUGUGGACGAGUAAAUUUUAUGUUGUAAUUAUAUCAAGUAGUUCUAUUUUUCUUGUAUUUAUCCAAAUUCUUUUGGGAUACCAGACGGGUGGAUAACCUUGUAUACACCUUUGCUUCUGUAUUAUAACCUAAACCUUGUUCUUUUUUUUUCUGGGGGGGGGGGGAGGGGGUGAUCCUUAUUGUCACCGUUUUUAUAGGAAGUUGAUCUUCACAUACAUAUUUGAGUUGUGAUCUACAUGAAAAUGAAAGUGAUAUGCCAAUAGAGUCACAGGAUUAAGCUUCACAAUACUGAGCAACUGAAUUUGCCUUCAUAGAUCCAUAUAUUUGAGAUCAUUUUAAGUAUUGUCUUUGUAAUUCAAAAAAUCUUCUUUGCUAUUAAAUCAUUAUGGAUUUCUAUAUCCAUCCGUUUGUGCUUCGGAUAGUCCACUUGCCAGUAUCAGCUUAUCUAUGUAUCUUGCUUCUAAUUCACUUGAUUAAUUACUGUUUUCAGGUCAUUGGCAGGUUAUGUGAUACCUUUAAUCCCAGAUCUUUUAUAUUCUGUCUACUUUGGUGCUUUUCUGGUCCAAUUUGUGAUUGAGAAGAUGGGAAUGAUGGGAUCCCUUCCACAUCCUUACGGUUGGUUUUGUAAAACUAUAUUCUUAUUGCUGCCUUCUACAUUUACAUGUUUGUCAUUUUGAUGCUGGAGACACUAUAUAUGUGACUGAUUUUAAUAGAAAUCAGAAAAUGUAUAUUUAAACGACGGUUCACCAAUCAAAAAAGCAUCAUCCUUUUGUAUUCACGGUAGAGUUUGGCUCAUAAUUAGGGUCACUAGCAAGAUACCCCGCUGUCAAAUGAUAGAAAACACAGAAACUUCCUCUAAUUAGGGUGGUUACUUAUGAUGUGCUAACGGUGGCUAAAAUAGGCCACAUGGAGGUAGAGCUGAUGAGAGGGUCAGAAUAGGAUUGAAAACGAUUAUACAUUGAACCUAUGGGUGAAGGCCUAUAGCGAACGAUCUUGGAACAAACAGUUCACCAAUUAGCAUUGUUCUCUGAUGAUAUAGAGACCCCACGCAGCCUAAGGGACGCUAGGGAUCAAACAAAAACAAAAAAACCUUCAGCAUUGAUGCUUUGGGACCCUGAGUUCUCACCGGAGAAGAACUUCCAUUGAACUCUUUGAGAAAGAGCUGAGUAAAAUUUUCGUUCAAAUGACAAUUCUUUUAGUUCAAGUUCAGCCUCCUAUUUAUAUUAGGAAAUAUCAGACCUCCGAAGGGGUGCUCUAGGACCUGGCCUAGAAAUCACAACUCCCAUAACCUUUGGGCUGGAAUUUCGGCCUUGGAUCUUCCUAAAAAGUAGGAAAACGGUUGGGAGAACCUAGGGUCUUACAGUUGACUUUAAAUACUCGCACUAGCAAAAACAGUAAAAGAUAAAUUAGGACAGUGAUCUACGAAAAUCAGCGAGGAAAAAAAAACCUCGUGCAUUGUUCACAAAAUCCGUAGGAUGUGAUUCUCCUUAUCAUAGUGACAUCAGUCCAGCCAUGUGCUUCCUUCGAGUGUAGAUCUCUAUGCCCAGUGAAUGAUUGUAUCUGAUGUCCUCAUCAAAUUGUGUUGUUGUGGAUUUAUUUCUAAAACAUGCUUCAGUCGAUACAUGUCCUCUAGCUGCAAAUCUCAUUUUCUAUCCUACAGAUGCAUAUGCUCCACGUCUGAGGCAGGAUGUUUGUGUUUUUUUUCUCAAUUGAUUUCACCUCAUAAGUAAAUUAUUGUGUUUUGUAGAUUGUAUACUAGCGAUAUGGAUGGAUCCUUCCUUUCAUAGACUACAUAAAAAAAUAGAUUUGACCUUGUGGUUUUUGGGAAACAAUACAUAGGAAGAACGAAAGGACAGCGAAACCGCUUCAAACCAUCCUCAAUCUCUCACAUUCCUUUAAAGAGAAGAAAACCUUACAGAAAAUUUCCCAAGAUAUCCUUAGAACUUCCAAUAGAAGUUACACAACUGUGCAGGUCCAUAAAGGAUUUAGUUUUAUGGUUACGUAAUCAAACAAGUUUUCGAACUUAGUUCAUUUCUCCAUAUGGAUUGCAUAAGUGCUUUCACCUGUUAAGCGUGAUCUUGUGCGAGUGAAAGAUCAAAUUUAGUUUCUCUAAAUGUCUAUCCUCAAAUCCUAUCAUCCAGAUUUACUGACUUGUCUCUUUCACUGUAAUUUCCUAUGGUCAUGAGGUAAAGUGAAUAUGACUGAAAGUUUGCUUUGCAGGAUACUUCAUCCCUGAUAUUAUUGUUGCAGCUGUUGUUGGGCUUGUGACUGGAUUAUGUGUAGGCCCAUUACUACCAGUGGUUGGCCGUUGGAUGGCUAGAUCAUCCGUUGUAAAUUUCUUGCUGCAGGUGACCGUUGUAGCAAUGGCAGUGUCAUCCCAAUUAUUCCCGUAUAGCACUUCUGCGCCAAAAAGAGUUGCGUUUCAUCACACUUUUGUGACAGCAGGUACACCAAGAUGCAUUGAUAUCUGCAUUCCAUGGCAUAAUUCUUCUUUGCAUGCGAAUGGAUAGAGCAAACCAAGGGUUCAAGUCUGAAAAUGGAGAUUUCUUCUUUCAUUUUGCAUCUCUUGAACUCUACUGGAGUAAAUCAUAAAUAUCGUAGAACCAUCUGUCUUCAAAUUACUGAAAAGUAUAACAAAGGGUUGUCUGUGGGUUUUAUUUUUUUCUUAUUUCAUUCUCCACGGAAAGGGAGGGCUGAGGUCAGAGUAAAUUCAUGGGUUCGCACACAUAAUCUGGAUCUUGCUCUGAGAUUGCAAUCUACAGUUUCUGACGGCUGACCUUGGGAUGGAAAUGCAUGACCUGAGAUGAAAGAAGGCCGAAGCCCUAAUUUUCAUCACUCUAAUUCUUACAUGCUGGUUGGUAAUCUCCUGUUAUGAAACAGGAGAGGGUAAACCGGACUGGUUCAAUUUGAACCGGUUCAGUCUAUUGUUUUGUUACAAGGUACAAUGGACAGGGAAAUAAAGGACGAAACAGUAAAUGAAAAAAUACUUCUAACACUCCCCCUCAAGCUGGUGAAUGGAUGCUGUCCAUUCCCAUCUUGGACACAAGAUGAUAGAAUAUGUUUCCGUGUAGUCCCUUCAUGAAUAUAUCUGCGAUUUGGUCAGUUGUAGGCACAUAUAGAGUACAUAUCUGUCCACUAUCUAUCUUCUUCUUUAUGAAGUGGCGAUCAAUCUCUAUGUGUUUAGUUCUGUCAUGCUGAACAGGGUUGUGAGUAAUAUUGAUCACUGAUUUAUUAUCACAAUAAAGCUUCAUUGGACCAUCUAUAUUGAUCUUCAAAUCCUUCCAUAUGAUAUUGACCUAUAGAAUCUCACAAAUGCCUUGUGCCAUAGUAUGAAAUUCAGCUUCUGCACCUGAUCUAGCUACAACAUUUUGUUUCUUACUUCUCCAAGUAAUAAGAUUGCCUCCAAGAAAUGUACAAUAUCCUGAUGUUGAUCAUCAAUCUACAAUUGAUCCAGCAUAAUCUGCAUCUAUGUACACUUUAAGUAUUAGAUAGUCAUGUUUUUUGAACAGAAUGUCUUUUCUUGAUGUUCCUUUUAGAAAGUGUAGAACAUGAUAUGCUGCUUGUAAAUGAAUUUGUUUCGUAUUGUGCAUGAACUGACUAAUGACGCUGACUGCAUAUCUAUGUCUGGCUGUGUAUGUGAUAAAUAAAUCAGUUUACCUACUAGUUGUUGAUACAUCCCUUUAUCCACAGCAAUGUCUUUCUCUGCUGUACUUAACUUGAGAUUAGGAUCAAUUGGAGAAUUAACUAGUUUGCAGGCUGUUUUUUCAGUUUCUUGAAGCAAAAUAUUUUUAUUGAGAUAGAAAAAUAGAAUUCUUAAAAUAGGCAUCUUCAGUACCUAGGAAGUAUUUAAUCUUCCUAAAGUUUUCAUCUCGAAUUCUUGAGAUAAACGUUGACUUAGAAAAAAAAAUUCUGCAUCAUCAUUUUCAGUCACAAUAACAUCGUCCACAUAUACUACUAGAAUUGUAACUCCUCCUGAAUAGGAAAGUUUGACAAAUAAAGUGUGAUCACCUUGACUUUAUUUGUAUCCCAUCUUGAGCAUAACCUUCAUAAAUUUACUAAACCAAGCUUGAGGAGAUUAUUUUAGACCAUACAAUGCUUUCUUCAACCUGCACACAAUAUUAGCAUCUAAAUUUCUCUCAUCUCCAUGCGGUACUUCCAUAUAUAUUUCUUCCUCUAAUUCACCAUGUAAAAUACAUUCUUAACAUCAAAUUGCUGAAGAUCUUAAUCAGAGUUAAUUGCCAAUGACAAAAGUACUCAAAUUGUAUUCAUUUUGCUACUAGUGCAAAAGUUUCAAGAUAAUCAACUCCAUAAGUUUGUGUGUAUCCUUUUGCAACCAGCUUGGCUUUGUAUCUUUCUAUGGAUCCACCUGAACGAUAUUUAAUUGUAUACACCCAUUUGUAGCCAACAGUUUUUUUCCCAAAUAUCAUUUUUUUAAAAGCUUCCAUCUCCUUAUUCAUAGCUUGUCUCCACUUCUCAUGAGUUAAAGCCUCAAAAACAGUCUUUGGGAUUGAGGUAGAAUUUAGAUUAGACACAAAGGCCUUGUGUGAAGGUGAUAAUCUAUUAUAUGACAAAAAAAAUGCUAUAGGAUAUGGUUUUUUAAUACAUUCUCUUACCCCUUUUCAAAGGGCAAUAGGUAAGUCUUCAUCAAUAGGUAAGGUGCUGGUCUGGGAUGUCUCAUUUGAUUCAUCUUAGGAGGAUUCUUGAACAUGCACAGAUUCUGGAGUAUUCUCUUUUUUUCUGAAAUACUUGGCCAAAGCUUCCUCUUUCGAAGUAUACAUUAGGAGUAGAUUCAAGAAUAGGUGGUUCAAUGGGAGCCAUAGUGAGGUCUGAUAAUGAAUUGGCAGUAGGAAGUAAAAAAAAUAAUUCUGAAUCCUCUAACAUUUGAAUCUUAUCAUGAUGAUUUGAUGUGUUAUAGUAUGCUUCCUUCUCAUUGAAGGUAACAUCCCUUGAAAUGAAAAAUUUCUUUGUUGGAGGAUAUAGCAAUGAUAUUCUUUCUGUGUUUGGGAAUAUCCUACAAAAAAUAUAUUUUACAUUGUUUUGAAUUCCCUCACCCCAAAAAUAUUUUGGUACCUUGUUUGAAUAAUGAGAGCUCUAGUCAUCCCUAACAGAUGACCAUUUUUCCGUUCAGCCACCCCAUUUUGUUGGGGUGUACAGACACAUGAUGAUUCGUGUACUAUACCUUCUUUUUGGAAGUAAGAAGUUAAAGUAUGAUUGAAGUAAUCUUUAGUGUUAUCAGAUCUAAACCUCUGAAUUGUUGUCUCAAACUGAGUUUUUAUUAAAGAACAAAAUCAUAUGAGUGUCAUACUUAUGUCAAAUUUAUUUUUAAGCAAAUAAAUCCACAUCAUCCUUGUAGAGUCAUCAAUAAAAAUGAUAAACCACCUAGCUCCACGUGAGCUAGGUGUUGGUGCAGGCCCCCAUACAUCGCUAUGAAUACGGAAAAAAGGUAUUGAACACUUAUUAUUAUUUACAGGAAAGGGUAUUUUUCGAUGUUUGACAAAUUCACAUACUUCACACUUGAAUUCAGAGGUGUUCAAGUUGUGAAACAAAGAAAGACACAAACUCUUGAGAAUCAAAAAAGAGGGAUGUCCUAAUCUUUGAUGUUGAAGUCAAUUUUUUUUCACUGUUUGGCAGGUCAGGGUUCUUGGGAAUGUUGUUUUGAUCUACUGCAAUGUUUGAUUAGCUUGGAAGCUCCAAAUAAUAGAGUCCACUCCAUUUUCUAGCAUGUCCAAUCGUCCUCCCAGACAUCUUGUCAAAAAACAAACAACUAUUAAGAUCAAACAUAACAUUACCUAGGUCAACAUAAGAACAUGAAGUACAUUUUUCAAGGUAAUAUAAGGUGAUAGGCAAAUGUUUCUUAUCCCAGCAACCGUGACUGAGGAGCCAAAAGCUGUGGUAAUUUUUCUAUUGCUUGGACAAGGAGCAUAUGAGUUAAAUAGAUGGGAGACAUAAGUCAUAUGUUUUGUGGCCCCCUGAAUCAAUGAUCCAAGGGGAAGAUUUACUAUUUGUUGAGGCACUCAACCCAAAAAAAGUUGAAGGCUUACUUGAAUAGUUAGAUGAACACGAAACUUGUAAUACUUGAGCUUGUGGAACUUCUUCUAUGACAGCUGAGAUUUUCACUCUUUUGUUGUCCCUUCUUUUGUACCCAUUCAUGACUUUGAUGCUUUCCAUGUAAUUUAUAACACUUGUCAAUUGUGUGCCUUGCUUUCUUGCAAUAUGUACAUCAUAACUUGUCUCUAAAAUCAUUGCUAGAAGUCCUCUCUUGUCCUAAAGGUUUACCCUUUGUUUUGAUACUGUUAUUGUCAUAAUUUUUUUCAUUUCAAGCCAUAAAUGUUAAAUUUUGCCACAUUUUGAGAACCAAGCAUUAGGUUCCGACGACUUUCUUCUCCUCUCACUAGGGAGAUUACUUCAUUGAGAGGAGGUAAUUUCUCUCUUCCUAGGAUCUGAAUUCUGACUUGAUCAUACUCAGAAUUCAGUCUCACAAGAUAUUCGUAGGUUCUAUCCCUUUCUGUUUCCUCUCUAUACAAAGCUGCAUCAAAUGGAUCUCUCAUAUCAGCAAUUUUAUAUUGAUGAAAUUUUUGCCAUAAUGUUCUUACUUCAUGAGUGUAUUCUGUCACUAGUUUUUCGAUUUGCCUCAUAGUCAUCAUCUUUAACUUUAAUUCAAAAAGUUGUGCAGCAUCUCUUGCUCUUGAAUACGUCUGAUAUAAAUUUUUCCAAAUUACUCUAGCUGCGGGAAGACAAACAUGUUCUACGGAUCUCAGGAAUCAUGGUUGUCCACAUCCAAGCCAUGAUUCUUGAGUCUUUUUGAUCCCAUGCUUCAACUCCCGGAUCUCUAGCCUUCAAGCUUGGGUUAGUUAAAUGAUUUGUCAUUCCCGAUUCUUUAAGAACAACUCAAACUUGCUGAGACCAUCCAAAGUAAUUCCUACCAUCUAGAUGAUCUGUUUGUGGUAUAACUGGCAAAUCUCCAUAGAUCGGACUAGGUUCCACACUCACAUAUCGGUAUUGUUCUUGUUCUGCCAUAGAAGUCGCUUCAGACAUUCUUGAGAAUUUAAGAAUUAGGUAUGUUUGUUUUAGAAAUGAGUUAAUCUACAGAUCAAGACACGAGCCUACAGUUCGUGUUCUGUAGAUCAAUAGCGUUAGAUUCUCACCUAGAUAGUGCAGAAUCAGUGAACAACUAGUGACUUGUUUUAACAAUUCACAAAGAAAUAUGUUCACUCUCGAAAAUGAAAAAACAGUUGUUCAAGAAGAACUCAGAAGAUCAAAGGAGUCUGGAAUGAUCACACCUGUGCUCUGAUACCAUGUUAGAAAUCGUGCUGAACUUUGAUCAUCUCCGAACACCUCCCUUCCUUCUUGUCUGUGCUAGCAGUGAACACGAGAGAGAGAGAGACAAAAAGAAGAAGGCAGAAGCCCUAAUUUUCAUCACUCUAAUGUAAAUACUGACCAGCUGUUAUGAAACAGGAGAGGGUAAACCCGGACCGGUUCAAUUUGAACCGAUUCAGUCUACUGUUUUCUUACAAGGUACGAUGGACAGGGAAAUAAAGGACGAAACAGUCAAUGAAAAAUUAUUUCUAACAGCAGUCUUAGAGGUUUCGUUGAAGGGUAUAUCUCUCAGAUGGUGGAUUCAUCUUCCUCUGAAAGUGGAGAUUGCUGACGAUAUGUAUUUGCUAGCUCUAUUUACCACAACUCAGCUAGUAACGGGUCAUGAGUUGUCAAUAUAUUUUCUACCAUGGAAAUAUUCUCCUGAUGGCCUGAAGGGAUAAAAAAGUUGGUCGCCUUGUGUCUUUACAGAAUUAGAAGAAUAAUAGUGAAAUAAGAACAUGACAACAUGAUUCAGCUACUAAUUGUGGAGCCAUUAGCUCUGUAAAUGUCAUCCAUCGAGAAUCAUUAGUGGUUAAUAAGUGUAGUUGAUGGUUUGUUAAGAAUUUUUGGUGGUGGAAGAAGGAUGGAGGAGAGAAGCAUUUUCAAGGUUUGAUUUCGAUUCCUUACGUAAGAUUGUGCAACCACUGAUUCCCUCUUCUAAUGUUAAGUCGGUGGAGAUGUACCAUCUCAUCUGUCCAGAAGAUCUAUUUAGAAGACAAUUCCACCUUAUGGAUAUUAUUUCAUAUCCAUGUUACCAAAAGUAAAUGGCUAUAACCUGGUUCCUGGCACCAAGUUCUUCAACAGAGUGAUUGAUUCUCUCCACUUAAACGUUUGGAUAGUUUUGCUACAAUCUCUCUCAUCAUAUUGCUCAAGCAAAGUAAUUGUAUGACUUCUAUGUCCAGAUUGGUUAUUAACUCCUUAUUUUAGUACUUUCUUCUCUGUCAUUGUGAUAUAGCUCACUAGUCCUUAUGAUCCUUUGAUGCCCUGUUUAUAUGCUGUCAUUUUGCUUUGAUGUUGUCACUGAUACUCUUAACAUUUUUGUCAUCGACCUUCACAGAUUCUGGAAAACUUUUGGAGUCCAGCUAUGAGUUCUCAGUUCUAGAUGCCAACUCAUUGGGGUUUCUUUUCAAGUAUUCACCAGAAGCAGCAAAACUACUGGAAGUAGUGCCAGAAUCGUCCAUUCAACACUCUGAUCCCAGUUCUUGGGUGGUACGCGUCUCCUUCACACACUGAACAUCCAAUCAUCAGUUUAUUUUACCUGCUUUUGUGGCAAAAGGGGAGUGAUGUGAUUAGCUUUCCACUUUGAUUCAUUCUUAAUUAGGAAAGCCAAAUUAGGAACUGAACUAGGAAUUAGUUUGAUUCAUUCAAACUAGGAUCACAGAAAAAUUAUCCUAAACUAGGAAUUUGGAGGUUAUUGAAUGAAUAUCCUAAACUAGGAACUAGGAAAGCCGCUGUAAGGCCGGUUUGACCUAUUUUGAUUUUUUAUCACUUUUUCCGGUAUCUUUUGGGGCUCCAGAAAUUAGGUUUAGAUUGAACGGCCCUUGUCAACACAAGAUUUGAAAGGUAAGCCAUCAGAUUAGUAAAAAACCAUCCUUGACACUCAUAUCUUGACUAGGUGGGAAAGUAGGGAAGCACCCAUAAGCAAAGAAACAUCAAGAAGAAAGUUAGUAGCGGUUUGAUUGGAUGCCCCCUAAAAGGAAUGAUAGCCUAGAUAAGGAUAUCAGGAUCAUCUCUGGCUCUCUUCUCCCAAUUGGGUCCCUUAGUAGCGGUUUGAUAACUGAUUAGAACUCACAUAGCCUCAGCUAUCCCAAACUACAUAACCUAGAGCCAGGCCUUCUUUCUGCGGCAACUGUGGCAAGUGGCCCUUGACUGCUGCUCUGGGUUGCAGAGGGCAGGGGAAGGAGACGAGGCAAGUUAUCUUGACUUUGAUUCUUCUUACCGCUGCUAUGGGCUCCACGUUGACUUUCUUGUCAACAUUGCCUUUUCUUAUUUUCUAUUAGAAAUCCCUCAUAACUGAGGUCGGCUCUGACCUAAUAUUUUUCCUAUUUUUGUAAAUUGCCUCCCCCUCUUUCAGGCUUUGUUCCCAAUAUCCUUUUUGUUUUCGGGGAGCUUGAAGUUUCCUGCGCAAGGGGAUGGUAUUCUCCAUCAAUAUGAGUAUCUGCCCAGGUUGAGUCACCUGUCAAGCACAGAAGCCACCACGGGGGCUCGGAAAAUCCACCUAGAAGUUGAACUGGGGUGAGCUGAGCUCUCCCAUCUGAUCGGAGCUGUAUCAUCUUAAUCAUCCCAUUUAGGGGAAAAAAUAUAUUUCCUUUUGAAAAGAAUGAUCUUUAUACUAUUUUUCGUCUGUCUCAGUUCAGUGUCUGAAAUCUGGGCAGUGGUCCUCAACAUUACUGGCCCCCUGGGUAACUGGUCCUUUGCUGACAAUGUAAUCCCGGGUAUGAAUCUCUCUCUCUCUCUCUCUCUCUCUCUCUCUCUCUCUCUCUCUCUCUCUCUCUAUCUAUAUAUAUAUAUACUGAAUCAGAAGAUUGUGCUGUGGGGAUUUAUUGCAGUGCCCGAGAGAAUAAAUGGCGGCCCGCCAUCAUAUAUUUGCAGGCUGAGUGGAAAGAGCCAUGAGAACUGGGCCUUCUGGUUGGAGGUAUAUCCCCUCAUUCCUUGCGUCUUCUUUUCCUUGUCUGGAGAUUUUCUCAGGCUUGAUUAGGACCCAACUCGGACGUAACAGGCCAGCAGCUCUGAGGCGUUGAGGGUUGACCUAGCGGUGCUCGACCAGUACCUUCUAGAUGGCCCAAAAAGAUUGAAGGGCCUUUUCCCCAACUGGGUUGAUGUGAUCGCCUCUUCGGCCUUUCUUUCAAGCUACUACUUUUGA